ACUUGUAUUUUAAUGCUUGCGAUGUGAUAUUAGUAAGCAACCCAAAGAGUAAUAAGAAGAAGGAGAGAAAUAGAAUAAAAUUAAUAAAUAAAAAUGGGAAUGGGUCACGAGUGGUUUGCAAUUUCUCUCAUUAUGAUUAUGAUCUCGGCCUUCAUUCCGACCCAAAUUCAGUCGCUCCGAUUCGACAUCGAAUCGGGUCAUACCAAAUGCAUAUACGAGGAAAUCAAGAGCGGCGCCAUGUCCGUCUGCAAGUACCACGUCGUCAACCCCAACGCUGGCGGCCCUUUGCCGGAAACCCAUAAUGUCACAGUUUGGGUGACGUCUCCAAAUGGGAAUAAUUAUAAGUAUGCAGAGAAAGUGGGGAAAGGGGAGUUUGUAUACGAGGCCUUAGAAGAAGCAGGGGAUUACGAGACUUGCUUCUUUGCUCCACGUCACCACCCACCUGUCACUUUGACCGUUGACUUCCAUUGGAAAUCUGGCGUCGUGGCCACCAAGGAUUGGACCAAUGUUGCAAAGAAAUACUCCAUUGAUGCUAUGGAAUUGGAGUUAAAGAAAAUGUAUGAAACUGUCAAUGCCAUCCAUGAUGAGAUGUCUUAUCUCCGCGAAAGAGAAGAAGAAAUGCAAGAACUUAACCGAGCAACCAACACCGAAAUGGGUUGGCUGAGCGGAGUGUCGUUUAUUUUGUGCCUCACAGUGGCCGGAAUCCAGUUUUUGUAUUUGAAAACCUUUUUCCAUAAGAAGAAGUUUUUCUAACCUUUUCUCCCUUUUGGAUCAAUGUAAAACACUCUCUUUGA